AUGCAACCAACACCAUUGGGUCUCAUUUCUCUGUCAUUAUCUAUUAAUGCACCUGGUGACUGUGUAGAACGUCGAUUUCUCAAUGCUAAUCGAUGGGAAAAAUUUAUUGUUGAACAUUUACCAAAAUUAAUGACAUUUGAUUUUAAAUUUUGUUCGGGAAACAUCGAUCGAAAAGUACUUGAUCGUUUUCGAUCUUCAUUUUGGCUUGAUAAAUAUUGGUUUGUUGCUUUUAAUUCAAGUUGUUCGUUACUCUUUACAGUACCUCACUUUGCUCCAACUUCUAUGAACUGUUCAUUUGCUCCAGUGCUAUCGGAUUGUACAACAUUGCCUCUCGAACAACAUAUUAUCUUUUAUGAUCGUAUUACUAAGUUAAGAUAUGAAUCAAAUCAAACGAAAUUACCAUAUCGUUAUAAUUAUGUUAAAGAACUUAUUUUGGAUGAUCGUUAUAUGCAUGACGAUAUCGUUUAUUUAUCAACAAUACAAUCAUUAAUUGUGAAUACAUCUGAUUGGUCGCUCGACAAGGUAAUAACAUUGAUUAAAGAAGCAAUGCCCUCUGUCAAUCAUCUUCGUCUAAAUUGUACCCAGUCUAAUGUACAAUACAAAUAUUUUCCUGAUAUUUCAUUACCACAAAUUCGAAUAUUAUCUUUACCCCAAUAUGGACGAUACACAGGAAAAAUUAUAUUCAAUUGGUCGAAACUUUUUCCAUGUGUAGAACGAUUAAUUGCUUCGAUUAAUUCAAAAAAACAAAUUCCAUUUCUAAUUGAUCAUUUCAAGAAUAUGAUUAAUGGUUUCUUUGUCGUUGAUGAUAGUCACUAUGAUAUGAAGCAACGAAUUAAAGUAACACGUCAAUGGUUAAAGAAACAUAGCUAUCGUUUAAAAGGCAUCAAUGAAAAUAAUUUUAUAUGUCAAAUCAACGAUCAAUAUCUCUUUUCAUUAUGUUUAUGGAUCGGUGAAAACGAUGAAAUAGAUAAAUGA